AUGUGGAAGAAGUUUUGGAUUUUAGAUAUCUCUACCAAUAACAAUGGUAUUUUCUUUUUCAAGUUCAGAACUGAGAUUGGUAUGCUCAAUGCUAUUGAUAAAGGUCCGUGGUUAGUAAAUGAUAUUCCGUUAUGUAUUAAGAAAUGGGAAGCAGGUAUAUGUAUUGAGAAAUUGGAACCUUCUUCUAUUCCGUUAUGGGUUACUAUUCCUAAUUUGCCGCUGGAGUUAUGGAAUUCUGAAAGCAUAUGCAGUAUGCUUAGUUGUAUUGGGGAGCCUAUUCUUUUUGAUAAAGUAACAGCGGAGAGAUGUGGGAUGAAGGAAGGUCCUCCAGGGUUUGCCAGAGUUCUUGUUGAAGUUAAUGCUGAUACUAUUCUGCCAGAUUAUGUGAAGACUUAUUACCCUGAAGAUGAAGGGACUCUUGUUUUUAUUAAAGAAGUGAAGGUAGUUUAUCAGAUGAAAGUUAUGAAAUGCUCUGCUUGUAAGGUAUUUGGUCAUGAUUUUGUUAGCUGUACUAAAAGGAUGUUAUCUACGGAUGAAUUUAGUGCAAAAGCUCAAAAACUUCUUAAUGAUAUUAAGGAGAUUGAUAGGAGUGUUGUUCCUGUUUCUGGGGUUGUUUCGAAUGACUUCCAGGUGGUGGGAAAGAAUAAUAAAGUUAUCAAGGUGAUAGAUGGAAAACAUGGGAGUAUGAAGGGCAGAGUUAAUUCUUAUAAAAAGGAUCUAGGAAGUGGGAUUAAAAGUAAUGGGCAUGGGGCAAUGGCUAAAGAUAGUAAGGGAGGGGAAUACAGAGUUAAGAAGCAAAGUUCUUUUGUGACCAAAAAGGGAGUGUUUAAAGAUGUAAAUGAGAUUAAGACGGGAAAUAGAUUUGAUGUCUUGGGUAAUGAGAAUGAAGAGGGGUUAAAAAAUGAGAUUGUGAAGGAUAUUGGGACAGUUGAGAAGGAUAAGGGAGAGAAUAGGGAAAGUGAAGUGAAGGGUGGGUCUGAUAUGAAGGAAAGUUUAGUAGAUAAAGAGAAUAAUGAUACUGAUAUGAAGGAAAGUGUAAUUAAAUCUGUAAUUGCUAGCGAAGUAUUGAAAGAUAGUAAUCAUCGAAGUCUGGAGUCUGGAAUCAAUACAAAGUCUGGGUAUUUUAAGAUGAGUGAAGAACAAUUUAAUGAAGUAGCUCAUUUUAUUAUUCAUUGUGAGGUUAGUUCUAUUGAAGAUGGUGAGGUUUUCUAUUGUUCUUUUGUUUAUGGGUUUACUAAGGUCCCUGGUAGAAGAACGUUAUGGGAUGAACUGGUGAAAUUUAAUAAGGGUAUACAUGAUAAACCGUGGGCUGUUUUAGGUGAUUUUAAUGCUAUUUUACACCCUAGUGAAAAGAGUAAUGUGCAGAAUAGGGUUAACUAUGGUAUGGAGGAUUUCAAAAGAUGUGUUAAUGAGGUUGAGUUAUGUGAUAUAACUAUGUCUGGGCUUCAUUAUACAUGGAAUCAAAAACCUGGAAAGUGUGGGGGUAUUCUUGAAAAAUUGGAUAGAGUGAUGGGCAACCAAAAAUUUGGUGAAGUUUUUCCUGCUGCUUUUGCUAAAUUUCUGCCUUUUUACACUUCGGAUCAUUCUCCUGCUUUACUUGUCUUGGCUUCUAGGAGUAAGUCUACUCAUAAACCUUUUAAAUUUUGGAGUUAUUUGAUGUCUAAGGAGGAGUUUAUACCUAUUGUGAAGGAGAGAUGGGGUGUUAGGGUUGAUGGGUGUAAAAUGUUUAGAGUAGUAUCGAAACUAAAAACUCUAAAGAAGCCUUUAAGGAAGAUGAAAUUUUCUCAUGGGAAUUUACAUGAUAAAGUUGAAAAGUUGAGAAUAGAAGUGGAAAGAAUACAGAAGGCUAUUGUGGAAGAUCAUGAUAAUGGGGAUCUGAGAAAUGAGGAAGCUAUUUAUGUUAAGGAAUAUAAAGUGGCUGUUGCGGAUGUAGAGUGUAUGUUGAAGCAAAAAUCCAGGGUUCAUUGGUUAAAAGUGGGAGAUCAAAACUCGAAAUAUUUUCAUCACUCAGUGAAGAACAGAGAAAGCAGAAACAAGAUAAGCAGUAUUAAGGAUUUGGAAGGGAAUGAGUAUUCUGGGGAUAAAGUUGGGGAUGCGUUAGUGAAAUAUUUUAAAGGGAUUAUGGGAAAGAAAGCUAAUUUAAGUGAUCAAGAGGCUGAACAGCUUGUGAGUACUGUUAGCAAUGAAGAAGUUAAGGAUGCUAUGUUUCAGAUUGCUGAUGAUAAGGCUCCUGGGCCUGAUGGAUUUACAGCGAAUUUUUUCAAGGCUGCUUAG